AUGAAUGAAUUUCUUUUUCUAAUCGAGAGAAUGCUACUAGCAUGGCGAUUGCCAGUCAAUUGCCUAGAGACUGAAAUCACGAUCGUGGGUCAGCACGUCUCUGGAGAUGCUCUGAGCAAGGAACGUACAAUUCCCUGGGCAGCGGCAUUCUGGCUCAGCACCCAUGAUACAAACGAGUAUGAGCAAAAGUUGCAGUUAGACGGUUUGGUUGGCCUUGGUCAGCUGGCCGAGCGACAUCCGAAGUCCAGCGUUCGGAAGAUUCGAAUAAGGGACAUCAUGGAUAAUGGGUCUACUGAGUAGGUAGGUCUAGUAUCGGAACAAAGUGUCAGGCUUCCGGUGGUUGUCUAAGAGCGAAAUGCCUGAGGCGUCAAAUUACGGCAUGACGUAUGAGACCGUCGUGAUCACACCGCCCGUCUUUCUGCCCUGCAUGCGGACUGGCUCGAGCAGCGGGGCGUGCAGUUCAAGCGAGUCUCUGUUGGGCCACUGACGAAGUUGGACCGGUUGGGUUACGGUAUUCUCAUCAAUGCUGUCGGUCCGGGCGUCCGAACACUUGCCGAUGUCAAGGACUCAAAGGUCCAACCCGACCGUCUACAAUCUGCUAUCUUGAAUCACUCGACAUACCGCGAGGGCUAUGUCCGAUGAGGAGAUAACUAUCACACCACGGCAUUCUCGCACUUGGAUGGCGAGGUGUAUGACGGAGGCGUUAUCGAGCCCGGGUCUGACGACAUCAAUGCUUAUGACGAUAAGAGGCAAAUGGUCAGCCAGUUUUAACCCUAGUUGCUAUACAACAGCACUAACACUCAUUUCUUAGAUCCUUGACCGAGCACAUAAGAACCAACCCGACGUGUUUCCUUCGACCGAUCAGAAGAAGACCGGCUUCGUACGUCAAUCGAAGAUAAUGCCGUGUACCAAGAUGCCUUCCCCUGAAAACUUUGGACUAGCGUACUAUCUUCCCGGCCCAUAA